UAUAUACUUUACCCACCGAACUUGUUAUAACAUUACUUCAUGAAUAUGUUUUUAUUUCCAUCAAUAAUUUGGGAGGCCAAACAAAAAAUAUAAUAACCAAAUUGCCAGUCCGUCCAGUCCGCACUUUACCAAAUUAGAUAAGAUUUGUCUCAAUGACGUCGUGUGAUGAUAAAAAAUGCGAAUAUAAUGCUGACCAUUCCUCGUGUACAGUUAGUUUAGUUUGAAGCUUCUUACUGUCAACAGCAUAAUGGCAUAUGCGCCGAUUUUUCUCACUCUAUCAGUGUUAUGUGUUAUAUUUUAUUAUUAUUUAAAAAGGAGCAAACAGUUCUGGAAAAGGUUUAAUGUCGUCGGACCAGAGCCUGACUUGUUGUUCGGCAACUACAAAGAGCUUAUAUUCAGGAGGAUUACAAAUCCCGAGUUACAAGAACAAAUUUACAGAGCUUAUCCUAAAGAGAAAGUAGUCGGUUUAUACCGUUUUAAUACACCGAUGCUUCUCUUGAGAGACUUGGACCUCAUCCAGCAAGUGUUUAUUCGUAAUUUCGACAGCUUUGUGAACCGCGGUGCGGAGUUUGGCGAUAAACUCGGUGACAAUUUAGCGGCAAGCAGCGAUGACACGUGGAGGUUGCUGCGCAGCCGUCUCUCACCCAUAUUCACUUCAGGCAAACUGAAAAACAUGUUGUAUCUAAUGGAGAGGUGCGGCGAUAAAAUGCUGGAGUAUUUGGAGCCGAAAACCUCAACCGCCUAUGAGUGCGAUAUCAUAAGUAUCAUUAAGAAGUACACAGUCGCUUCAAUAAGCGCUUGCGCGUUCGGCGUCGAUAUGGACCUGAAUAAUCCCGACAAGAAACUCGAGCAGAUCGACAAAAUGAUAUUUACGCAGUACUACGCGUUAGAGUUGUCCUUCAUAUGCCCUGGGUUGCUAAAAAAAAUGGGUGUCAACGUUGUGCCCACAGUGAUCCACGAUUACUUCGUAAGCUUGGUGAAUGUUAUCAAAAAACAACGCAACGGUGUACCGUCCAACAGGAAAGACUUCAUGGACUUACUUUUGGAGAUGAAGAACAUGAGUGAAUUGAGAGGAGCCCAAAAGAAUAAUAAUGGUGAAGCGAAAGUGCUCCAAAUCACAGACACGUUGAUAGCGGCGCAAGCCAUGGUAUUCUAUGCAGGUGGAUUCGAGACGUCUGCUACCACCGUCUCUUUCUUACUUCACGAACUAGCAAAGCACCAGGAUAUCCAGGACAAAAUAGUCGCUGAGAUAAAAGAUGUUCUCGACGAAAGUAACGGAGAAAUUAACUUGGAUACUUUCAAAAAGUUGACUUAUACGGCGCAAGCGAUCGAUGAAACGCUUCGAAUGUAUGCCAUUGCUGAUCUGCAGCGGAAAGUGUCUGCACCAUCUUGCACAAUACCUGGCACUAACAUCACUUUGAAGAGGGACGAUUAUGUGGUUGUUCCCACCAGGGGAAUCCAUUUCGAUGAGAAAUACUAUCCUGAUCCUUAUAAAUUCGAUCCCGAAAGGUUUUCGCCGGAAAACGUGAAGUCCAGACAUCCAUGUGCUUACAUGCCGUUCGGUCUUGGACCACGACAUUGCAUUGGGAUGCGCUUCGCCAAGAUCCAGUCUAAUAUAUUCCUAAUGAAGUUCUUGACCAAAUACAGAGUAGAACCGGCUGAUUGUUCCAAGGAGUUUAAAUUUGACCCAUGGAAAGUUACACUGGCCUCGAAGGAAGGAGUCCCAAUUAAGAUCGUACGAAGAAAUAUGUAAAUGAUAGAAGCGGUUGUUAAAGAGGUUUUUGUAUAAGCGUGUUUGAACUAUAACGCCUAUUCCGGCCGAUUCCGAGACGGACUGCAGACUGCAACCGCAGGCGACACUGCGGCUAGUGACUGCGGUCGACCGCAGCGUGGCGGCGGUCGUGGUUGCGUUUCCAAGCACGGCGGCAUGCUGCGACUACACAAUGCAUAGAACCAUGCAUGCCUCAGUCACUCCAGUCUGCGCCGCGGUCGCUUCGCUACGGCUCUCGGUCACAGGCUGCGCGCGUCGAAGCAGGCUGCAGUAUCGCCGCGUUUGGUGUCAAUUUCAUAGAAAAAAGUGGUGGCGCUGUAGUUAGCGGUCUGCAGUCUGUUCCGGAAUGGCACCUUAAAGACUGGUAAAUCUGCCAAGCAGCACCAAUUUAAACCAAUAGGACAUCGACGAAAUCGGUCCCAGUAUGCCCAAAAGAAUGUCCUUCACUAUUAUUUUUCUUUUAUUUUUUUAACUUAUUAGCAAUUAAUAGAAGUAAACGGACAAACUGUUUAAAAAAAUAAAAAUUUGUUCAUCUUAACUUGUCCUAUUUGGUAAACAAUCUUGGCACUCCUUUUUAUUGAAAAUACAGUAUUAAAAAUCAACUGAUAACUGGAUUCAAUAGGUUUCAGUCUUUAAUAACGAUAUAUUUUAAUAGGUUAUUGGCUUCAUUAUUAUUUUACUUUAAAUGGGUGAUUUUGUUAAUAAGUUGUGCCAAGAUUGUUUACCUUAAUAA